AUGCUAAAUAAUAAAAAAUCAUUUGAAGUUUAGAAAAUAAUCAAGACAAAUUUAUAUAUUCCAUUUAUAAAUUAGAUACAUUAGAUAUAUGAAACAUUAAUUUAUUUAAUUUCAAUCAUAUUUGGAAUGAAGCAACUAUAUCAAAUUGAUAUAAUUAAAUCAUCAUAAAAGUAAAUGAACGUAAAACUUUACAAUAAGAAGGCAAUCAAAUUACUAAUAAUAUACUGA